AUGAGUCCUCAAUGGCUUAAGAAGUUCAAAUCCAGCUUCCGCAAGUCAAACUCUGCCUCACCUCAUAUUUCACCCCCUCCAACGCCAAUUUCUCAGUCUUCCUCGCCCCUUCAGACACCAAUCUCAACAGCAAACAACCUCAAAGAGCGGCUUUGGAACCAGGCGUAUGACAACCUGAAGCGGAGCGAAACCAAGUUAGUCGAAGCAUAUGAGAACCUCCUAUCGGCCGAACUUCGCGGUGAUAGUCAUACUCCUGCCGCUUCAGCUGAACCCCACAUCAAACCUGAGCUGCAGGAAAGAUGGCACCAGAUGGAGCUUCUUGUCCAGGUCGGGCUGCAGAAGACGAACAAGGAGGCAGAAUUCAAACAGAAAGCCAGCGACGUGAUUCGGGUCAUCUCCCCUCUGAAGGAAGUAAUCGGGAAGGCUGUACAGGCUGCUCCCGAAGCUGCUAUCGCUUGGGUUGGCGUCUCUUUUGCUCUUGAGAUACUGGCGAAUCCAGUCACUGAGUCAGGGAUCAACCGCGACGGCAUCACCUACGUUGUGUCGAAGAUGGAGUGGUACUGGAACUUGGUCGAUCUCCUCUUCAAACCGAAGGAUGCGAGCCCGGACUUUAAAAGGCUGCGUCUUGAGCUUGAAAGACAUAUCAUUGAGCUUUACCAGAAGCUCUUGCUCUACCAGAUGAAGAGCGUUUGUCUCUACUAUAUGGGCCGUGGUGCCGCUUUCGUCAGAGACAUGUUCAAGUUGGACAAUUGGGCCGGCAGGCUUGACGACAUCAAGGCCGUUGAAGCUAAUGUGCAGAGAUGCUUGAAGCAAUACAACUCCCAAGAGACACUUCAAAGCCUUCAAUCCCUGGAAGACGCCGCAAAGUCUCUGCUCGAGAAACUCCAAGGGAUGAAAGAUGCUAUUCUGGACCAAGAGAAGAGCGAAUGCCUGAAAAAUCUCUCCCAGACGAACCCCUACCAUGACAAGAAGCGUAUCGAAGAAACAAAGGGCGGCCUCCUCAAUGACUCUUACCGCUGGGUCAUCGACCAUCGCGGCUUUUUGCAGUGGCGCAAUGAUCCACAGAGCCGCCUACUCUGGAUUAGGGGUGAUCCAGGUAAAGGCAAGACUAUGCUGCUUUGUGGCAUUAUCGAUGAGCUGGAAAAGGGGCCUAGCAAAAACCCUAAACCAGCCUACUUCUUCUGCCAGGCGACCGAGGGGCAGCUCAAUAACGCAACCGCCGUGCUCUGUGGUCUUCUCUACAUGCUUGUCCGACAGCAUCCUGCCCUCGCAAUAUACGUGCAAGACGAGUACAAGCAUGCGGGCAAGCGUCUUUUUGAAGAUCGCAACGCCUGGGUAGCUGUCAAGGAUAUCCUUACGAAAGUGCUGGCCGAUCGUGUCUUGGAGGGAGGGAUCCUAGUCAUCGAUGCACUUGAUGAGUGCCUCACUGGUCUAGAGCCACUUCUCAACUUUAUUACUACCACCCCAUCUCGCGCUAAAUGGCUUGUGUCGAGUCGUAACCGGCCAGAGAUUGAGGGAAAACUGGAUAGACCUCAGCAUAAAGUCACCAUCCACCUCGAGCUGAACGCAGAGUCCGUCUCUCGCGCUGUUCUUGUAUAUAUUCGAUACAAGGUGGAUGAGCUAGCGGUGCAGAAGAAGUAUCACGACGAAACCCGCGAUGAAGUCCAGAGAUACCUGAUCGGAAACUCGCAUGACACCUUCCUGUGGGUGGCCUUGGUCUGUGAAAGGCUUGCUCACAGUGAGGUUCAGCAGAGACAUACACUUAAGAUUCUUAAGAUGUUUCCGCCUGGCCUUGAGCCUCUAUAUGGGCGGAUGAUCAAGGACAUCUCUCGAUCGAUCGAUGCAAACUUAUGCAAAGAGAUCUUAGCUAUUGUCUCAGUGGUGUAUCGCCCUGUCACAUUACAAGAGCUUUUGUGCGUCGUCGAGUCACCAAACCUUUUUGACAACAACCUUGAAGACCUGAAAGAAGUCAUUAGAUCCUGUGGCUCUUUUCUCACUAUUCGCCAGGACACAAUCUACUUUGUCCACCAGUCGGCCAAGGAUUUCUUGAUGAACGAGGCAUACCCAGCACUUGGCCAGAUUCUACCUUCUGGCAUUGCACACCAGCACCACGCGAUCUUCUCAAGGUCUCUAGACGUACUAUCUAGGACGCUUAGACGCGACAUCUACGAGCUGCGCAAACCUGGAAGCUCUGUAGAGGACACAUCACCACCUCACCCAGACCCUCUGGCUCCUCUGAAGUACUCGUCUGCCCACUGGGUCGACCAUCUUGAGCACUCAAAUCCCGCAGACGGCCCGGCGCGCGUUGAUUUACGGGACAACGCUAGCGUUCACAAUUUCCUCAAACGCCAUUAUCUCCACUGGCUAGAGGCUCAGAGUCUUCUGAAAGGCAUGCCACAAGCAGUAGUGGCAAUGCGGAAACUCCAAACAUUGGUCCAGACGCUCGAGGGCCACAGCAGCUCCGUCUGGUCGGUGGCCUUCUCGCCGGAUGGGCGCCAGCUCGCCUCAGGCUCCGGCGACAAGACCGUCAAGCUCUGGGACACGGCCACCGGCCAGUGCCAGCAGACGCUCGAGGGCCACAGCAGUUCCGUCUGGUCGGUGGCCUUCUCGCCGGAUGGGCGCCAGCUCGCCUCAGGCUCCGUCGACAACACCGUCAAGCUCUGGGACACGGCCACCGGCCAGUGCCAGCAGACGCUCGAGGGCCACAGCAGUUCCGUCAGGUCGGUGGCCUUCUCGCCGGAUGGGCGCCAGCUCGCCUCAGGCUCCAACGACAACACCGUCAAGCUCUGGGACACGGCCACCGGCCAGUGCCAGCAGACGCUCAAGGGCCACAGCAGUUCCGUCAGCUCGGUGGCCUUCUCGCCGGAUGGGCGCCAGCUCGCCUCAGGCUCCGGCGACAACACCGUCAAGCUCUGGGACACGGCCACCGGCCAGUGCCAGCAGACGCUCGAGGGCCACAGCAGUUCCGUCUUGUCGGUGGCCUUCUCGCCGGAUGGGCGCCAGCUCGCCUCAGGCUCCGGCGACAACACCGUCAAGCUCUGGGACACGGCCACCGGCCAGUGCCAGCAGACGCUCGAGGGCCACAGCAGUUCCGUCUUGUCGGUGGCCUUCUCGCCGGAUGGGCGCCAGCUCGCCUCAGGCUCCGACGACAACACCGUCAAGCUCUGGGACACGGCCACCGGCCAGUGCCAGCAGACGCUCGAGGGCCACAGCAGUUCCGUCUGGUCGGUGGCCUUCUCGCCGGAUGGGCGCCAGCUCGCCUCAGGCUCCGGCGACAACACCGUCAAGCUCUGGGACACGGCCACCGGCCAGUGCCAGCAGACGCUCGAGGGCCACAGCAGUUCCGUCUUGUCGGUGGCCUUCUCGCCGGAUGGGCGCCAGCUCGCCUCAGGCUCCGGCGACAACACCGUCAAGCUCUGGGACACGGCCACCGGCCAGUGCCAGCAGACGCUCGAGGGCCACAGCAGUUCCGUCUUGUCGGUGGCCUUCUCGCCGGAUGGGCGCCAGCUCGCCUCAGGCUCCCUCGACAACACCGUCAAGCUCUGGGACACGGCCACCGGCCAGUGCCAGCAGACUCUCGAGGGCCACAACAGCUUGGAGAACGUAUUCGAGGUAGCGAUCCAGGAACCAACUGGAGACCUUAUGGGUCAGCGUUAUAUGCUCUCACAACAGGACGCAUGGAUCACGAAUAGGUCUCAAAAUAUUCUUUGGUUACCGCCGGAGUACCGUGCAAGCUCUCAUGCGGAAGAUGGAUCAAAAAUAGCCGUUGGAUGUCAGUCGGGGCGCGUGUUACUUUUGUGUUUUAAGUCAGAGUAUCUACAGCUGUAA